CCAAACAAAAGGAAGAGAAAACCAACAAGCAAAGCCAGAGCGAGCGAGCGAACAUACACACCAAACAAAAUUACAGUACUGGCACAGAAACAUCUGGACUACACUUCAACUUUCGAAACCCCAAAUCCGACCAAGUGUGAUUACACGCACCUACGUGUACAUCCCCAAAACCACUUCAUUUUCUCUCUCAUCAACUGCUUAUUAUUUCAUUGGUGUGAAGUCUUGCAAGUUCUGUGAAUAUGGGUGCGAUGGUAUUGACACAGCUUGCGACGGGUCUGAGCCUGUUGGCCGGCGCGGUUCUGGUCAAGUCGGUGAUGGACCAAAAACCCAUGGCGGGUCCGGGUCAGUUCCCCAGAUGCUCCACUUGUAACGGCACUGGCCGUGUCAAUUGCCUCUGUUCUCGCUGGUCCGACGGGGAUGUUGGAUGUCGGACUUGUUCCGGGUCGGGUCGCAUGGCCUGUAGCAGCUGUGGAGGUAAUGGGACCGGCCGGCCCCUCCCGAUUCAGCUUUCCGUUCGUUCUCCGAACCGUCCCUCGUAACGGAGAAGGGGCGGUAAGUUUCGGAUCUGCGUCCUAAUGGUCCAACAGUAGACUGCGGUGGCCAUUACGCCAACCGCUGAUCCUCAAUUAUUAUUGAAUCUGCUUGCUGAGUUUAUGCAUAAAAUUUACAGUUGUGAAUUCAUCAUUCUUAGUAGUCUGAAAAGCUAUCAAAGUGAAUAAAAAUGUAGUAAGAAACUUUUGAAACAAGCUGGACAUGAAAAUAAGUUAAAGAACAAAUACGCU